AACUUAUGCAAGCGUCUUGUUUGGCGUCGCUUAUGAGUUUACUAGUGUGAAAGGAAUAUUUUUUUAAUUUACUUUCAUAGUCGUAUUUUUAAGUUUUCCACUUGGUUAAAUUUUAUCAGGAUGGUGGGUCCUGCUAAAAAAGCUGGAAGGGUGCCCUCAGAACAAAAUGUAAAAGAAAUCUCAAAGAAAAAUCCUGUGAAGUCCAAAAGUCCUGGCAGGCCAAAAAGCCCUAGUAGAUCAAAAAGUCCUAGAAAAUCUAAAAGCAAGGAAAGAGUUAAAAAUGUUGAUGUAGCCAAGAGCCAGAAACGAACUCCUGUAAGUCCUAAUAGAAGUAAAAGUAAUUUGACAAAAAAUAAAGAAGAACCUACAACACAAAGUCCAAAACGAAACAGACAAACUGGAACAUCUGGUCGAUUAACACCAACCAGAAGGAGUCCCAUUAGAAGGUCUCCUACGAGAGCUGCAAAAGUUAUGGAAUCAACGGAAUCUAGAGAUGCUAAAGUCCCUUUUAUUCGAAAGAAACCAAUAGUUGUGGAAUCUGAUACAGAUUCUGAUAUUGCCAUAGAUGACAAUAUUGAGAUAAAAGAGAAACCAAGAGCAACCGUAAAGGGAAGAACCAGAAUAGAAUUGCAUAGCCAAAAUAUAUUAAAUGACUUUAUAAGAGACCCAUCUGUGGAAUCUACAAGUUCAAGUGUUAUCAAAAGACAAACAAAAUCUCAAAACAGGGAAGUUGAAAGAGUUGUUCAUUUGACUCAGUUUGAAACAGUAACUAGAAAACUUGCUGAAUUUUCUGAUGAAGAUGACUUGCUUGCCGAAUCUCAAAGACAAUCAAAAAGUCCAGAUAAAAGAAUAAGAUAUAAUUUUGGUGGCACUCUUGGAGUAUUGACAUUAAUGCUAGCAACGCCAUUAUGUGUUGGUUUGAUAUUUGCAUCUUGUGAUGAAGUAACAUGUUCAUUUUUGAAGUACUCUCAGAAAGGAUCCAUGUUUUUAAAACUAUCAACAUAUUUGGAGGCUAUUUCAUUUCUCAGCUACACCGGUUAUUUCAUUUUUUUGGCCUUACUUUCUGCAUUGCCAUUUGGAGGGAAAAAAGUUGCAGGCUUACCUGACAAGCAGGGAAAAGUAAUAUACAAUAUGAAUGGAUUAUUUGCAGCUUUUAUAGUUGUGCUGAAUGUAAUAAUUUUGGAGCUCAAAAAUAUCAAAGUGACUGAAUUUAUUGCAAACCAUUUGUUCCAACUUUUUGUAUCUGCAUUUGUUGUUGGACUUUUAGUGACAUUUUACGGGUAUCUGAAAAGUUUUUAUGUACCUGUGAGUUCCCUAAACCCUCGUAUAAUAGGGAAAAGCAAAGUCUAUAAUUUUUUCCUUGGCCGAGAGAUGCAUCCCAGAGUUUUUGGGUCUAUCGACUUAAAAGUAUUUUUCACCAGAUUGACUUUUAUCGGAAUGUUUCUAAUUGACUUUGCGUUCUUUUACAAAAGCAUAGAAUGGACCCAGUCAUUUGACAAUGAGAGUUUUGAUUUUGGCAUUAAAUCAAUAAAAAUUAAGCCAACCGCACUUUUCUACUUUUUAAUUCACUCAAUUUUUAUACUUGAUGGUUUGAUUUUUGAGCCUACCUGGACGUCGUCGGAAGCGCAACAAGAAGGCUUUGGGUAUACAUUUGGUGUGGGAUAUUCUAUUUAUCCUUUUAUGAUGGGAUUGGUAAUUAAAUACAUUGUCGAAUACAAUAUUGAAUUGGCGACUUGGAAGUUGUUGCUGACCGGAUUGGUAUUCUCUGUGGGUUAUAUCUUAUAUCGUGGAAGUAACAAUCAAAGAGAUGCCUUUGUGAGAAAUCCUUACAGUCCCUCGUUUUCUCAUUUGGAGUCGAUUCCAACAUCUCAAGGUAAAAAGCUUCUGUGCUCAGGCUUCUGGGGUCUUGUAAGAUAUCCAAACCAUUUGGGUAACAUCUUAGUUAACGCAUCGUUUAUACCGUUUGUUUUAUGCGUUCCGCCUGUUGUUUUCCUUUAUACUGUUAUACUCCUGCUGAUAUAUUGUUCUAAAAGGGAUGACGAUUACGCGAGAAACAAAUACGGUUGUGCUUGGGACAGAUAUUGUAACCGAGUUAACUAUCUGCUUGUACCAAAAAUUUAUUAGCAUUAAAAUUUUAGAAUGGCAGUUUUCCCUUUUGGUUUCUGGCAUUUGUCAAAUUUCUAAAAAUAAAUUUCGAGCCGGCCGAGUAAAGAAUAAAUGUAAUUUUAAUCCGCGUUCAGAUUAGUGGCUCAAUGUUAUUUAACUGCAAAACUAUUUUGGACACAAUUUGUUCAGAAAAUUGGAAGGGCAUGAUGAAAGUACAAGUGUUAAGUUAUUUUUCUCAAAAGAUUCAAUGUAAAUAUGGGGGGACUGUUUAGAGUGUGGAAAACAUAUGUAACUAUAGAUAUUUUAUUAUAAACAAUCCCUCCUUUCACCAAAUAGAUGCUCUCUUUUUAUAGAAAAGUUUAGUAUACAUAUAAUUUUUUUUUGCUAUUUUAUAAAAUAUAUAUAAAUAUAAUUUUACUUAUUUCAUUGAUAGUUUAUUAAUAUAAUGACAGGACAUAAGUAAUUAAGGACCUUAUAGAAUAAGAGUUAGAUUACCCGUCAUAUUGGGAAAAUGUUUUUCCUGCAUGGCAUAUCACCCAUUCUUUUGUUGAGAUCUCACUAGGUAUUGCUUUACAUUAGUUCAUUUGAAGAGUAGGAACAAAAAAAGCGAGAUUCCAGUGUUUAGAAGACAGAGAAAUUAGAACAUUAAUAGUCAGUUAGCUUUAAUUUGCAAAUUAUUGUGGUAUUGGUUGAGUUAUUUUGUGGAAAUUUCAUGAGCAAACCUUGGGAAUAGAUUUACUUUAUAUCUAAAGUUAUUUUAUAGAAAUAAAGAAUUCAAUUGAGGCUAUUAAGGUUGACAAACUGUGUAAAAAGUAAAUAUGGUGAGGCAUAAAUGGCCCUAUUAUGUUUAGAGACUAAGCCAACAUAUUAAAAUUUAAUUGUAUUUAAUGUAAUACUUUUUACAAAACUUCUGAAUUCCUCCUGCGUGGGUUUUUGAUGAGUCGAAAUUGCUGACGUUUCGCC